UCUAAAAUCAAAUCAGCGUAAACACAUCCAUUUAUGGGGUCUUAAUUCUCUCUGGCAAUUUGGGGCUCACGGCUCACCCUCUCCAUGUUUAAGCUGUAACGAGUAAAGAUUCAGGGAGAGGCAGUAAGGCAGGGUGGCGCGUGUCCAAGCCCCCAGUGAGUCCCCUCAGUCAGACCGACUUACAAUCUCAGACUCGGUUGGUGACUGAAAAAGAAACGCUGUGGAAAGACUCAAGAAAGAGAGGGCAAGACACAGAGAGAGAGAGAGAGUGUUCAACAUUUUCGUGGUCGAGUGGAACAUGUUCAUCACUACCAUCCUAUGACCAUGGCUUCAAAUUUCUUUGACCUUCUUCUUCCUAUUCUUCUUCUCCUUCUCUCUUCUGCUACACUCUGUUUAUCCUAUGAGCCUCGCAAUCAUGAAGUGGAAGCGUUGAUAAACAUAAAAAUAGGCCUGAAUGAUCCACAUGGAGUGUUGAACAACUGGGACGAAGACUCUGUGGAUCCUUGUAGCUGGGCCAUGAUUACCUGCUCUCCUGAAAACCUCGUCAUAGGCCUGGGAGCGCCAAGCCAAUCUCUAUCUGGCACUUUAUCUGGAGCCAUUGCAAAUCUCACAAACCUUAGACAAGUAUUGCUGCAAAACAACAAUAUCUCUGGAAAAAUACCACCGGAGCUCGGCAUGCUUCCAAAACUUCAGACGUUGGAUCUCUCUAACAACCGAUUAUCUAGUGUUGUCCCCGAGUCUCUGGGCCAGUUGAAUACUCUCCAAUAUCUGAGGCUGAACAACAAUAGCUUGUCUGGGCCUUUUCCCGUGUCUUUGGCUAAGAUCUCUCAGCUUACUUUCUUGGACUUGUCUUAUAACAAUCUGAGUGGACCAGUGCCCAAAUUUCCGGCUAGGUCCUUCAAUAUUGUGGGAAACCCGUUGAUUUGUGGAAGCAGCUCCAGUGAAAGUUGCGCUGGAUCAGUCACUCUUGUCCCCCCUUCCUUCUCUCUGAAAUCAUCAUCUGGAAAACACAAGUCCAGGAAACUAGCAAUUGCACUUGGAGUCACUUUCAGUUCUAUCUUUCUCAUAUGCUUGGCACUUGGACUAUGGUGCAGAAAGAGACAGAAAAAGCAAACCAUCCUACACAUGAAUGACAACCAAGAAGAGGGACUGAUGCGCUUGGGCAACCUAAGAAAGUUCACUUUCAAGGAGCUUCAAUCAGCAACUGACAAUUUUAGCUCUAAGAACAUCCUUGGUGCUGGAGGUUUUGGGAAUGUAUAUAAGGGAAAGCUAGGAGAUGGAAUCAUGGUGGCAGUUAAGCGGCUGAAAGACGUGACUGGAACCACUGGGGAAUCACAGUUUCGAACAGAACUGGAGAUGAUCAGCUUGGCAGUUCACAGGAACCUGCUUCGCCUCACUGGAUAUUGUGCGACUCCUAAUGAGAGGCUCCUGGUGUAUCCUUACAUGGCUAAUGGAAGUGUGGCCUCCAGGCUUAGAGGAAAAUCAGUACUUGAUUGGAAUGCAAGAAAGAGGAUAGCGAUUGGAGCUGCUAGGGGCCUUCUUUAUCUACACGAGCAAUGCGAUCCAAAGAUAAUUCACAGAGAUGUAAAGGCUGCUAAUGUUCUCCUUGAUGAUGACUAUGAGGCAGUGGUUGGUGAUUUUGGCCUUGCAAAGCUCCUUGACCAUAAAGACUCCCAUGUUACCACUGCUGUCCGUGGCACUGUUGGGCAUAUUGCACCGGAAUAUCUUUCAACUGGCCAGUCAUCUGAGAAAACGGAUGUAUUUGGAUUUGGCAUUCUCUUGUUAGAGCUAAUAACUGGAAUGCGAGCUCUUGACUUUGGCAAAACGGUUAAUCAGAAAGGAGCCAUGCUUGAGUGGGUGAAAAAAGUUCAGCAGGAGAAGAACGUGGAAGUCUUGGUGGACAGAGAGCUUGGGAGCAACUACUACGACCGUAUAGAGGUAGGGGAGAUGCUGCAGGUAGCUUUGCUAUGCACUCAAUACUUGCCAGCCCACCGCCCCAAGAUGUCGGAAGUGGUCCGGAUGCUCGAAGGUGAUGGCUUAGCCGAGAAGUGGGCAGCCUCACAUAAUAAUACCAAUCCCAGUAUGAACCACUCUCACACUAAUGCUAACAAAAGCAUGUCGUCCCGCCCUACCACUGCAUCAAAACAUGAUGAUGAUGGAAAUGAUCGAUCAAGCUUGUUUGGCACAACCAUGGAUGAGGAUGAUGAUGAACAUUCUUUGGAUUCCUUUGCCAUGGAACUCUCUGGCCCAAGAUAGAAAAGAAAGUAAAAAGCAGAAAACAGAUUUGGAAAAAAAAAGAAAAAGAAAAAAAGAAGAAGAAUUCUUUGCCUUAGUUCCACAGGCCAAGGUAUCUUUGUUUUGGUUUGGUUUACUGUUUCAUAAACUUUGUCCUGGAAUUUCUGAGCCUGGCAAUGUAAAAAGUAUUUCCGUUCUUUUGUAUUAGGUCUAUUUGGUACAUUAUAUACAGUGUGGAUGUAUAGGGAAAUAGGAGUAGGACUACGGGAGAGUCCAUCAUCACAAGAUGCUCUGCUCCCAAAGUCUUUCAACAGGUUGAUUUUGACGGUUUUGACUGAAAGUUGGUAUAUCAGGUUUUCACGGUUUUAACUUAGCUCUCUGAUGGGGGAGAGUGAAACUGUGAAGUGAAUUGAAGUGAAGGGUGGUGGUUUCUAGAA